CAAACAUUUGAUGCUACACAACUUUCUUCAAGAAUUAAAUUUGUAUUCUUGUGUUCUUGUGUUUGUAGUGGUACACAGCCGGCUACCAACAAAUUUGAAAUUAUCGUGCCGUUUUUUGUUAUGAAUUGUCAAACAAAUCAGUCCCAAUCAGCAAUUCAGUCGUUCAGCCGCGAUAACUUAAGGAAUGAAAGAAGAAAAGUGUUCCCGUUGUUUGUUGGGUUAAGCUUUCUCUUGUAUGACUCUGUUAUAUUUAUGGUCGCUCCCAGCUUUGCGUCAACAUAGGGAAGGCAAUUUUUAGUGUUUGACAGAAUGCCCGACAAAUCAGGUGGUCUUAAAAAUGUCCAGAAAUCUUUCAAGGAUGUCGAAACGCUUAAAAGAGAAGAACGGAAUAGACGACGAUUGUUCCGCAUCGAACAGGUAAGACAGCAGUCGAAGGAGGUAGCAAAUCUUGUACGUCAGAAAGUCAGUGGUGAACGAGAGAAACAACUUGGAAUAGUGCAAGAGCGGGUAAAAGCAAAAACACAACAGUGGCAAGUUCGCAAAUUGAAAUCUUUGCAAUCUGAGUAUGAAAACACCAUACAGAAUGUUGGUAAAAGUCAUACAGAUGCAGCUUCUUUGCCUAAUGAGGAUGAUUUGCGAAAAAUUGAAUCGGAGAGGACUUUAAUUGCAGCCCAAAGAAGGGGACAGGAUGCUUUGAACCGUCUGAGAGAAGAAGAGGCAGCCCGACGCCGAGCUGAUGAAGAGAGAAGGCAAAAUUUAUUAAAUACAAGGGCUGUUGAGGAAGCUCGUUCAGCUGCUGUAGUGGCCUUACCAAAACCUGAGUCAACUGUAGGCAUUAAAAGUAUUCCACCAAAAUCACCAAUUCCUGUAAUGGCUCCAGUACCUAGUAGCAUUAUAGGAAAGACUGUCAGUAAAAACACCAUUCCUGAGUGGCCAAAGAAAUCAUGGCCUGCUCAAAGCUUGCCACUUGGGAUUAAAACUGAAUGUCAAAAUGAACAGGGUGACAUAGUUCAAACUGUUCAUGAACGGGGAAUGGGCAGUAAUUCUCCCUGCAAACAGCCAUCAUCUAUUCUUGUGUCAUCUCAUGGUGAUUCCAUGAAUACUACAAGGCAAAGAAAUGUGCCACACAGUUCUCAAUCUUCAAAGUCUACUCAACCAUCUGGACCCAUGGCUAAUACUUCUCAUUCUGAUGUCCAACUUUAUGACUAUACUAGUUGUUACCAAAGUCAGUAUGGCAAGAUAUCAAGCAUUGUGGAAAAGGUGCCGGAGUCAGAAGUGCUGAAUGCUAAUGAAGCAGCUAAAAGAGAACUUUGUGCUGAGAAGUUCUGUCAAGCACAGUCAAGCAUAGUUCGAAGGGAACAACUAAGAAGUAAAGAGGCUCUCCAACGGAUACAGGUGCAACGCGAUUAUAAAGACAUCAUGGGAAACCUUUCAAUGCUUGCUAAACAGAAUGCAGCUAUUAGUGCAUAUAAAGAUCCUCCAGUUCAAUCAUGGAUUCAGAGUAAAUCCCAAAACGAAAAAUUAACUAGUGCUGUAGAAAAUUUACUGCAAGGUGUUGAAGCAAGUCCCUCUAGCAGUGUUUCAGAAACCCCCUCUGACUCCCCAGAUGGAUCUUUAAUUGUCUCUCAACUAGGAGACACACCAGGCAGUGCACCGCGGCUGAAUGUAGGAAGGUGGCAAAUUCCAAACUUACAAACAGAACAAGUUGCACCUCCAAAAGAUGACUAUUCCCCUACAGGCUCUAUUGUAAUGGCACCUCCUCCUGCACCACAUUUUACAACAAUCACCUCUCGUCAAGAAAAUACGGAAAGGGAUUCGGCAUUGAGGAGUCUUGUUCGCCGAAUUAAUGAUGAGAGACAGUCUUUUAUUUUAAGUCAACCAAUUGGUUCAUAUCAAAGAAACCAGAAUAAUACAUCUAUCGACAAAACUGAUUCAGAUGUCAAAAUGCUGGAGGAAAGAGUUUUUCUACAACGACAGCAACUGAGAGAACAACGGUCUGAAGUGAAGCACUUAAAUGAAAGCAUCAUAGUUCCUGACUGUAUGAAGCAACCAAGAAGGGAAACUCAUGUUUCUCCCUCUACUUGCAGCACUGUGACACAUGAGAGCAUAACAAUUGAUUCAUCACACUCAGGAGAUUUCCAAGAUAUUAGAAAUUCUUCACCUUUGGUUCCUCCAGAAGUGUUACCUCAAAGAGUAAAGAAGAAGCAAAACAAACGAGCCAAAUCAGUUGUCAAAUCUCCUGUCAGCAGUCCAGCAAAAGACAACAUGAAGUACAGCCUCGAUGUUUCUCUUUCCUCUGUGGUCAUGGAUCAAACUGAAAAUAGUAGUUCUGGCAGCAAAUCUCUAUCGCUUCAUGGUGUUCAAGUUCUGGUAAAACUGUGUGGAGCUGGGCAAGAUUCUUCUGAGGGCAGUUCAUCUAGGUAUGGUGCUAGAGAAGAUGAAACUGUGAAAGUGGUUGAGCUACCCAGUAAUGAAAGUGAUAAAAAUGUUCAAGAUGAUCUUGAGAAAGAAGAAAACCAUCCUAUUUUAAAGAAUCUCAAAGAGGUAAAGCAUAGUAUCAAGAAGAAAAAGGGGAAAAAGAUAAAAGAAGUAUCCAAUACAAAAGUAUCUAAACCUCUCAGUAAUGUCACAUCUAAGAAAACAUCAAAAUCAACUAAGAUAGGCGAGAAACAAGAAGCAGAGAAAGUGAAUGGUUCAAAAAGAGAUGAUAAAACUGCAAAACUUGCUCAUGAACAGCUGAGAGCAGAAAAAGAGAAGCAAGAUCAACCAGAAUCCACAAGUACUUCCUAUUUAAGCCCUCCUGAUCGUGUUAUAUCAUCUCUUACUGAAGAUAUAAAGGCUCUUAUAGCUCUUGCUCAAUCCAACAUACAACCCCAGUUCAAAAACGCCCAUAGUUCAAACAAAAGUCAAAUUCAGCAGUAUAUCAACAGACUGCUUGCCAUGAGCAGAGAAAGUAUUGACAGACUAAAUGUUAGCUGUAGUGAAGUGUCAACUCCUGCUUCUGCCAUUUUUCAUGAAUCUGGACCAGAAAAUGAAAGUGACCUUAAUUUGACAGACAUAGGGUUUGCAGUUCUUGCUGAUAAAAAGCCUUUAAAAUGUAGAGAUUUGAGUCAAGGUCAAGAGGCUACUAUAACUGAUUGCCCUGACAGUUUUAGCAGUGACAAUCAUAUAAUUCACAUAGCGCCAGAGGUAGAUCAGUCAUUUCAACAUUCUGAAUCCAAUGAUAAUGCCACACUAACUGACAUGACAAAACAAUGCCAUGAAAGAAUUUCCGCUUUAACAAAAAUGAUUGAAGAAGUGAGAAGAGAAACUGUGGUCAGUUCAAACUCUCAUUCUCAUAGUGAGAGUGACAGAUCAUUUAUCCCUAACCAAUCGAAGAGCCCUAUGCAUUUUGAUUCCACAACGUACAUGAGUCCUCCUCCACAAGUGUUGGAAUGGGCGGACAUUGCUUUUCCUUCAAGAUUUGGUGAGAUAAGUGGAAUGUCAGUUGAUCCCUAUGGUACAGCAGUCAGGCAACUGCUUGCUGAUGUACAAAGUCAAAUGAUUCAGAAGGCAACAGACCCUUCAGUUAUGACAGCUUCUCUUCAAGAUAAUCAACCAAAAGAACGGAUUGAACUUCCAAGUGAAAAUCGACCCAAACCACCUGUAGCAUUCUGGAAGAAUAUUGAGAGGUGCAAUGUUUCUAGUCCUACAGAGCCUCAUGAGCUUUCUACGAUCCUAGAACUAGGAACAACCCUUCCAGAGAGUGUUGAAUCUCCGGAACCUGGAUUUGCUUCUCCACUCCAUCUUAUGUCUCGACCAUCAACGCCAGGCACUCCACCUGAUGUAAUUGCAGAACUUAUGCGCAGAAAACUUCUCACAAGCCCUUUUGUCUGGGCUAAGCAGAAAGACAAGCAACAUCAAAGGUCAAAUUCAAAUUCAUCUUUAAAAAAUAGUCUUGAUUCUGAUCUGAGUUCUGUGAAAUCAGGGACAGAACAGUCUGAUAUAUCAGCUAGUAAAGAAACUAACACUGUAUCAGUUCAAAGUCAAAACUCUAGCUCUAAUGGUUCAAGGGGCUGGAAGACUAAUAUACUGAUGUCUCCUGUUGACUUAUGUUCAUCAGCCGAUGAAGUUGAGGGCGACUUCAGAAAAAUGGGUAUUGGUUGGGUUGGUGCUAUGCUUCGGAAAACUAAAGAGGCUGGGGCACUCAGCUCAACAUCUGGCUCAGAUGGUUCUCCUGUUAAAAUUGAUAAUGUCGACUUCAAAGACCUUGCUAAAAUGAUAGAUGAUGAACCAGUUCUUAGCAGUCCUCUUCUAGCUACUGUUGUACAGGGAAGACGUCAUUCUACCCCUGUGAAACAUCCUGCUGACCACAGUUCCUCUAGUGGAUCAUGUCUAGUUUGAUGAGAACUAGCCCAUAUUACAAAGGAUAACUAGUUUAUUUGAUUUUGUUUGUCUUGAAAUUCUAGUACAAUUGCCAAUGCUGUACAUCAUAUUUUCUUGCCCUUUUAUUGAAAUGUCACUUUUCUUCAAAUUAAAAAUAAAUAAAUUAAAAGAAUGCAAGAAAGCAUGAUUUACUAAUCAAGUGUAUAAGAUAUUUCUUUGCUGAUGUAUAUCUGAAGUAUAUUUAUUUAUGUUAUGUUAUUAUCCUUUUGUCUUAAAUUCUGGGAGCAUUUUAUUUUUUCCAAUGAACAAAAAAGAAAGACUGUGAUCUGUUAGUUUUAAGUUCAAAUAGUGUGAACAAUAUAAUAAAUACAUUUGUAUCAAUCAAAUCAAA